UUGUAAAAUCUUAAUGCAAGUGAUGUUGAAAAAUUCAAUAAAGCGAAAUAAAUUCAAUACUUUAGAAAAUUAGAACCAUUCCGUCGGUUUUAUGAUUUAUGAUUAUAAAAAGCUGCUGAAAUAAUGAUAAGAUUUAUAUAGCCAUUUAAUAUAGAGUUAAAUUUAGAUAUCAGGUGUGUGAAAUAUUUCUAAAAGUGAAGAAGUGGUAAGGACAAAUCAUGUCCUCAUUAUCAGCUUCCGCAGAAAAUGUGUCUAGUGCUGCAGGUGGUGCAGGCUUGGACCAAGGUGCGGCAGCUUCAGAUGGAAGCUCGAGCAUGUGCUUGGAACUGGCACUAGAAGGGGAACGUCUUUGUAAAUCUGGUGACUGCCGUUCAGGUGUGGCAUUCUUCCAAGCAGCCAUUCAAGCGGGUACAAACGAUCUUCGCACUUUAUCCGCAAUUUACUCGCAGUUGGGCAAUGCAUAUUUUUAUUUGGGCGACUAUGCGAAAGCCAUGCAGUAUCACAAACUUGAUCUCACACUAGCGCGUAGUAUGAAUGACAAAUUGGGCGAAGCUAAAUCGUCGGGAAAUUUGGGAAACACCUUGAAAGUUAUGGGACGUUUCAAUGAAGCAGCCAUGUGUUGCGAUCGUCAUUUGACAUUAGCCCGGCAACUUGGAGAUAAGCUUUCCGAAGGGCGUGCUCUGUACAAUUUGGGUAACGUAUAUCAUGCUAAAGGAAAACAUAUGGGUCAGGGUAAUCCUGGUGACUACGGCGAUGAGGUACGUGAAGCACUGAGUAAAGCUGUUGAAUUUUAUCAAGAAAAUCUGAAACUUAUGAAAGAAUUGGGAGAUCGUAGUGCUCAGGGUCGAGCAUGUGGAAAUUUAGGAAAUACUUAUUAUUUACUUGGCAAUUUCCAAGCUGCUAUUGAACACCACCAAGAAAGGCUUUGUAUUGCUCGUGAAUUCGGCGAUCGUUCGGCUGAGCGUCGUGCGAAUAGUAAUUUGGGAAACUCUCAUAUCUUUCUGGGACAGUUUGAGGAAGCGGCCGAACAUUACAAGCGAACAUUAUCAUUGGCUAUUGAACUUGGAGAACGUGAAGUAGAGGCACAAGCUUGCUAUAGCCUUGGAAAUACUUACACUCUGCUGAGGGAGUUUUUAACAGCAAUUGAAUACCAUCAUCGCCAUUUAUCAAUUGCACAAGAAUUAGGUGAUCGAGUUGGAGAAGCGAGGGCUUGUUGGUCUCUUGGUAAUGCUCAUUCGGCGAUCGGCAAUCAUGAGAAGGCUCUCCUGUAUGCCGAAUCACAUUUAAACCUAGCCGUUGAAUUACAAGAUCCUGUUGGGGAAAGCACAGCCAGGGUUAAUAUAUCUGACUUACGCAAGCUACUCGGUCUGCCAGAUUCACCAAUCGGUUGUGAAGAACGUUCAAUUGCCUCAGAUAUUUCAGCAGGCAUUGAACAACGGUCCGAUAGCUCUGGUAGCUCACAUGGUCGCAUGAUACGUGUAAGACGCCAAAGUAUGGAGCAGUUAGAUUUAAUUAAAAUCACUCCAGAUGGCAAACAAGCACAUCAAGUUAACGCUACCGGUGACAUUCAAAAAGGUGCUAAACCCAAAGUUCAAGACGAAGACUUUUUCGAACUCCUAUCACGAUCCCAAUCUAAACGAAUGGAUGAUCAGAGAUGCUCAAUUAAAAUUGCUAAAAAUCUAACAAAUACGUCAAUGCCAUUGGCAGGAGCAACACCCUCGCUAACCUCUAGUACGGGUGCUACUCGAAAGCCUUUAACACAACAAAAUUCCAUAUCUAGUGGCAGUAGCACUGAUGGCAACGUUGCUGUUGGCGUUAAGUCCUUCAAUAAUAUUAAUGCCGCUUCUGGCGGCAACUCCGGUCAUGGUCAGUUAGCACGAAGUGCAACAACUACUCAACAACCGGAUGAUGAUUUCUUAGACAUGUUGGUGCGAUGUCAGGGUUCACGUUUAGAGGAACAACGCUCUGAAUUGCCAAGAGCCAAUAUUACAAUGGACGCUGAGGCACCAAUUCAACCAGAAGCUCCUAGUGGUCGAACUGGUGCCGGAGGAGUUGGUGGCAACAGUAGCGCUGGUGGAACGACUGUACCCGAUGAGGACUUUUUCUCACUAAUAAUGAAGGUACAGAGUGGACGUAUGGAGGAUCAAAGAGCAGCUAUACCAGGUUUUGGCGGAUUUCCUCAACGUAACACAGGCAAUGGCGCCGCAACAGGGGGUACAGGUAUCAAUACCAACAACAAUACUAAUAAUCAAAAUAAGAAGUGAAAGCUUACAAAUAUUAGGUAGAUUUGUUCAAGUACAUUUGGUGCAGAGAGUUAUACGUAAAAUAACAUUUUCAAUUCAUUUACUUUGACUCUUAAAUAUCUUUGGUAUAUCUAAGUUUUUUACAAAAAUUUUGUAUUCUAUAGCAUUAAUCUUAUAAUUUUAUAAACAUUUUAACACGUCAAAUGUGCAUAAAUAUUACGAAACUAUCCGCCAAAUAUUUUACCAAUAUCUAUCACUUCAAAUUUACCAAUUCUUUUAAUCCACUUUAUAAUAAAUGAACGUUAUUUAUUAGUGAAUGAAGCACAAUGCAAAAAUAAUAUAUAGUAUUACCCAUAGUAGAUAAAAACCAACUACCAAUGAAUAGGAUUUUGGCUCUGCCAUUGAUAACAAUCUAUUGCCAAACCCAUGAUUUUUAAGGAACGGCGCUCUCAACUCAUUCAGCAUUACAAUUUUUUAACAUUUGUUAAUGUCAUUGUUAAAGUUAAAAUAAAUUACUCAUUACUUUCGAAAUUUAAUCCAAAUAAAUCUAUAAAAUAUACAAAACCCUCUUGCAUCCGUUCCAUUGCAUAUAUAUAAGAAUUCAUGUCAUUUACCUACACACAAUACAAACCCAUACCGUAAUUUCAAAUAAAUGUACGUAUAAACUGAAUAUGUUAGCAUGCAUGCUCGUUGGAGAUUAACUUACUUAUACCUUUUCGUUAGAUGUUUACCAUUUAACAUUCAAAAAAAAUGCAUACUAUGUGCGUAUAUACUAUAAAGUAAAUUUACAAGGGAGAGUUGAGAUUUCUAUAAUUAUUAAACAUUUCCAAAUGUGCACGGCAGCCGCUGUAAGCAUUCUUACGUACAUAUAUACAUACAAACAUGAACAUAUUACAUUGCACCAUUUUUUUAACAGUGGAUAUUACCCACAAAUACAAUCACCUAAAACAUUUUUCAGUCCAAAUAUGUA